UCGAAUUUGUAGCUAGCUGUCUAGCGUUAACCUAUCUUGAAGAAUGUUUAACAAAAAAGUAAGGAGAAAUUUUAGACAAAGAAAAGAUGAAUCCAGUGAAGAAGAUGAAAACGAAAACGGAUAUGGCGGAAGGAACGAAACAGACACUUCGGUCGACAGCUCAAAGCAAUCAUAUGAACCCCGAAGAGGGAUUUCAUGUAGCUCUAAACCAAAUGCAACACCGCCACGCCAAGAUGUUAAGUCGGAUUCUAGUGGUGCAGAAGACCCAAAGGAACCUACCACUUGCAAAUUUCAAGCAAAACGUAGUAAAGUAUCGUCCAAGUGUAAUACCCUCAGUUUUCUCAAUGAGAAAGAUGGUACUGAGGAAUGCGAUUUCAAAUUGAAAAGGUCUAGCAACAAAGCUGUGGUUUUCCAGGCUCGCAAAAAAGAAGAAUCGCCCGUCAAGUUGACACGUUCACAAGGUGCAAAAGAAGUUGCUUUUACUGAACACUCUAAUAGCAGUGUUGGUAGUUCUGCUGAGGACAUGCACCCAGACAGUGACAGUGAAACAAGCUCUACAACUCCAAGCUCUUUCAAAUCUCAGACAGAUAACAUCCCCGAUGCCAAGAUAAUCCAUGCAGCUAAAGAGCAGAGGAGGAGAGCCAGGGCCCAGAGAGAUUACAUCCCAUUGGAAGGGGACGAGAAAAGCACCCUGGACACUGGAGAUGGAGAAGAGGACCAGAGUGAUCUUGAAUGUGACAGCCAUGAUGAGUCAGAUGAUAAUGAGCGUAGAAUUCAGUUUGCACCCAAACCCAAAACACUACGAGAGCAAAUGGCUGAGGAAAUUGGUGGGAAUGAGGAUGAUUGCUCUGAUAGGCAGGAGGAGGACCAACAUCUCUGGGAAGAACAGCAAAUAGGGAAAGGAAUUAAAAGACACCAGAUGCAAAGCAGAGGUGAUUUCAAGCCUCUCAGGCAAAAGAAAAUGCUUGAUAUCCCUGAGACACUCCCACCAAUCAGCAUUGAUAUCAUAAAGAAGAGAAUUAUUGGAAAGUUGGAAUCUCUAAAGGAGGUCCACAGGGCACGGGAGGCUGAACUCAGGAAGAUGCAGCUGGACAUAGAGGGUGCCCAAAGCUGCCUAGCCAGCCUAGAGAACCACAGAGCUGACCAGCAGCUGCACUUCUACCGCCACAUGAGGGUCUUCUCCCAGAACCUGCUGGAGUGUUUGACCGAGAAGAUGCCCUCCAUAAACUCAGUGGAACUGGACAUGCACGUUAUGUAUAUUGACCAGGCAGAGGUGCUGUUGUCACAAAGGAGAGGAGAACUGCAAGAGGAGUCUACAUGGCUCCAGCGGUUAACCUAUGGUGCUGAUACCAACAGUAACAGGGGGGCACUGGGAAAGACUGAAACAGCUAAGGACAGUGAGGUCUUAGAGGAAGAUAGUGGAAGUGUCCCACCUGACUGGGAACCAGCAGCAGAGCAGGAGGCUCAGUUGCAGCACAAAAGAGCUGACAUAUUGAAGAGAUCUCAGGAAAUUUUUGCUGAUGUUCAGGAGGACUUCUCUGAUGUACAGAAAAUCCUAAACCGGUUUGAAGAGUGGCGUUAUUCCUUUCCAGAGUCCUACACCAGUGCCUACAUUAGUCUGUGCCUUCCCAAACUACUAGCACCUCUGAUACGACACCAGCUUAUUGGCUGGAAUCCUCUCAAAGUAGAGGGUGAAGAUUUUGAGGCGCUGCCAUGGUACUCUGCUGUGGAGAAGUUCUGUCACGGACAAGGCUAUGAAGAGUCUGACAAUGCUGAUCAGAAGACAUUGCCAGCUAUCAUAGAAAAGACCGUCCUUCCCAAAGUCCAAGGGUUUGUGGAGCUAGUGUGGGACCCCAUGUCUUUGCAACAGUCUCAGUGUCUCACAUCACUUUGUAACAGGAUACAGGAGGAUUACUCUGUUUUUGAUGGUGAACAAAGCAAGCCAGUCAAGGCUUUUAUGGAGGCUGUUGUCCAUAAACUGAGGAAUGCUGUGGAUAAUGAUGUCUUCAUCCCACUUUACCCAAAAAUCUAUUUGGAUGACAAGACUUCCCCACAAUUCCAGUUUCAGAACCGACAGUUUUGGAGUGCUGUCAAGCUGCUUGGGAACAUGGCAUUAUGGGAUGGUUUGGUUGCUCAAGACAAUCUGAAGGACCUGAUGCUGGACAGACUUCUCAAUCGCUACUUAAUGAUGACCCUUCUCAAUGAGUCCAAUCCAAAGCACAUUAUACAGAAAUACAAGAAGGUGGCAGAGUGUUUUCCAAAAACAUGGUUUCUGGAACUGAGUACUGGAUCAUCACUACCUCAGCUGCAAAAUUUCAGCAAGCAUCUUGUGCAGACAACACAUGUAUUAUGUAAAGACAACAAGGACACCACCAGCUUAAGGCCUUUUUUAUCUGAUGUGAUGAUUCUUCUUUGGACAAUCAAGGCAUUUGAGAAUAUGAACAUUGUAGCAGAAAGAUACCAUUGUCAGGAUCUGCUGGGGUAUAUACAUAAGGAAUAGUUUGAAUGAUUGUUAAAAAUGUUUUUAUACUUAAGAAAUAAAUGAAUUUUUAAAUAAUUUUAAUCUCUAUUUGAAUUAAACUUUCAGUAAGUGAAAGAAGGUAAUGUUUAUUUUUAAUUAUAUAAUUAAAUUUAUUAGCCCACAGAUUUGAAUUACUAUUUUACUUAUCUAAACCUAAAAAAAAAAAACCUAUUAGAUUUUUAAGGUAUCCAUAAUGACUGUGCUAUACUUGCUGCCCCUGUAGAAACUACAUUCUUGUUUCACAUGAAAGAAAAACUAUAGAUUGAAUUUCUUAGAAUACAGGACCUUUUGCACUUGGUUUAAAAGAGCAUGCCAAAAAAAUCCUAUCCACAUUUUAUGAAUUAUUUCAUCAAGGGAGGGACUAAUAUUGUUUAACAAACAUGAAGACAAUUACAUAAAUAGAUUUAUGAUUAUGUACAGUAUCAUCUGCUGUGAGUGCUGAAAUUUUUCCUCGUUUAUCUCGGUAUGUAGUUUAGUUAAGUGUUUUAUUUCAUUUUGUAUUGCAUUAUUUAUGUAAUAUUCCAUCAAUAUGAGUGAAUGGGUCUGAGCAGGUCCUGAGACAACUCCACAGAAAAGAUGAUUAUUUUCUGUUCACAAACUGGGAAAUUCUGAGUGAAAAUUUCAAGAGAAUAGUAAAAAGCAACUGACAUAGCUUGUUGCUAUAAUAGAAGCUCCAGUGACAUGAGGAAUGGUUGCUAGCAUAUGAGGCUUUACUCCCCCAUCAAUAAGUUGCUGUUGCAGCUUGAAAGUUUGUAACAUCAACUAGGGAAAGGCCAACUCUUGCACUAGACAACCUGAUUAGGAAAAGCAUAUUCACACCUAGUUUAAUAGUAGCACUGAUGACGCCUAGGACAGUAUACAAAUUAGCUUAACAUGUAGCAUAAGAGUCUAUAAUCCUGAGCAGGGAUGGGAUAAGAAGAGCCAGGAAGCUGGCACUGUGACCAGCAUGCCAGGAUCGAAGGCACACUUCCAGUGUCUCCUAUGUCUGGUACACCAGAAUUUGUACCAGAACUCAGAGUGUGUGUGGCUUAAUUUUAAUGCUGGUAUUGUGCUUAAAAUGGCUCCUUGAAGCAUUAAUAUAUGACUAGGUUUGCCAUGACAAGCUGUCACAAGAAAGGGGACCAUGGCUGGAGGGCUAAGUGGAGCUGUUGUUGGAGUAUGGUGUGCUAGUUUCUUACACAGGAGAAGCCUCUUGAUGGACAGAAGGGACAGCCACAGCAACCAACUGAGACUGGUUCCUUUUAAAUCCAGCUUCAUGGAGUUCAACUAUAUCCAUUUUAUAUAAAUCUAUCAUUUCCAAGUAUUAUUGCACAAAGGCAGUAAUUAAGAGAUAGGAAUAAUGGUAAGAUAUAAGAAAAAACAUGUUAUAGAUUGAAAUCAUAAUAUCCAAUACCUUAAACACAUUGAUAUCGAAACAGUUACAGUUAGUUAUAUUUACAGUUGGAAGAAGAGUCAAAAAUUUUAAAUGGGAAGCAUUUUGUAUGUUCUUUACACCAUGGCACCAGUAGAAAUGAAUGUAGUUUAAAUCACACCAUGUUGAACUAGAUAUUGAUGAAUUAGCCUCUCUACAUUUUGAAGCUUUUCCCUUGAGGAUGUGGAAAUGUUUAUGUGUACAGAUUUUAUUUGUUAUACUGAAUUCUACACCUGGGUCUAUGUUGGUGUUAGUUUUGAUGAUGUGACAGGGAGUAUUUAAAGCAACACCUGUAAGAUUUAACUUUGAAUGACAUUGAGGACAGCCUGAACCAAUGAACCAAACAUCUUACAAUAAAGAAAAGCAAAUUA